AGCUGUGCUCUUUUGCCUUUGAUUGACACCUGAACUGUGGGAAGUAUAAAAGGUCCCUUCAUGCACAAGCUUGCUUACUGCCUUCUCUUUGCUCACCAAGUAGCUUGCUGAUAUUUAGCUGCAAGAACUGCAGGAGCCCUCAAAAUGCACUGCUUACAAAUCAAUGCCAAAGGCCUGGGUCAACUUGAAGCCUUCCUUCAUGCAGAAGAAGGAGUGGCUUUCCAGAUGGACAACCUCAUGUUCUGGGACUCCCUGGGUAGAGGCUGUGACUGGGCCAUCCAGGGCGUAUCUGAAAAGACAGAGUCAAGCAAGUUCCAGAUCACUCUUCUGCCCUCAGGAAAAAUUUUGCUGAGAGACUGGGUUGGCAUGUACCUUGCCCCAAGGCAGUCCGGCCAUCCAAACACCUAUCCCAUCUUGCCUGUCCUGCACUCAGAAAAUGCCGCCUUGCAAUAUGAAGUCUUUCACAGAGACAAUAUGGUAGCUUUCCGGGCCCAUAAUGGUCUCUUCUUGUCCAGAGUCUUCAGAAGUUUCCACACCAUUGAAGCAGCCAAGCGCUUUGCAGAUGACAGCUGUUAUUUCCGGCCUGUGAUUGGGGACCUCCUUAGCCCCACCUUGCAAAUAGUAAGGGUGAUUCCGGGUAAUCUCUCCCGAGUAAAAUGCUACCGUUGUGUCUUAAAGAAGGAGACUUAUAUCAACAGAAGUGAGGCACCAGAGAACCACACUUUCACCAUGACCUGGGAAACCCAACACGCUGAUAGAGUUUUCUGGAAACGCCUGUGGGGGCUUGGUAUGGCCAGUUCUCUUCAAUUUAACAUCAUGGACAUGACUGCGACAGUGAAAUACAGCCAGGACAAUGAGAGGGUUGUCACUGUGAUGAGGAAUAUUUCUGAGACGUGCACAGAGCAGGUGGUGGUGCCUCCCAGGAUGAAGGCCACAGCCCGCCUUGUGUUUAGCAAGGACAAUGCUACUGCCGUGAGCUUUGUGGCCAUGAUUACAAAGACGAAAUCAGAUGGGGAUGUUGUGAUAUUGUAUGAGCCUGGAGCCUGGAGUGGGCUUGUCUACUUUAACGUCCGUCUGGAGGUCAAGAUAGAAGAACCUUGAGUCAUGUAUAGCCAUGUGAAGCUACGGGACUGGUAUCUUCCAAGGGGAACUGAGGAUCAGGCUGUGUAUGGACUUCACUUCUGAGGAAAUGCAUUUGAUGGGGUUGCAGGCCUUCCUGGCUUGGUCCCUUGUAUGAUGCUGUUUCUUUGAAGAGGCAUUCCCUUCUGGUCAAGGCAGGAAGUGAUUCCCUUCUGGGCCAUCUCUGCUAUUUCCUGUUUGCCUUCAAGUGCCUGGGGAAAAAAGCUGAUUCCCUUUCCUUGUUGUUAGGAGGGAGAGAUUUUAUCUUGUUGCACAACUGACAGAAAAUUUAAAUAAAUAUCACAAAACUC